AUGCAGGCACCGCCUCCACCAUACUCAAAACUUUUUCCGAAUGCGGGCGGCGUAAGUGAUUGCGUUAAUUCCACAGCGUUAUUGGUUUCUGAGGCCUCUGUUGCGUGCCCUGUAGAAGCGACGAUGGGGACAACGCAAGCUGGAAACGCGGAGGGUGGUUCAUCAGUUUAUCCGCCUCCACCCCCGUAUACCGGUGUCAGCGCGCCGACUCUCUCGUCACCCACGGCCUUGAACCUGCUGAGUUCGAAGGAUGCUGACAAUAGCGAUGUGAUUUUGCAACGUCUUUUUUUGCUGCAAGAUGAAAUAAACUCCAUUAAGUGCCGUCUCAAUGGUCAAUCGUUUGAUGCUGCUGUUUCGGAUGUCCAGGGGCCGCCUCCGCCGCCUCCUGCACCCGCUACUGAGGAAUCUUUUGUUGAAGAAAAAAAAUAUGCAUGGAGGCGAAUUUUGCUUUCGCAGCAGGAGCAAAUUAGCUCUCUCAGUGAAGCACUGUGCCGUAUCCUCAGCACCUUAUCUGUGGUGCCAGCAGCGACAAGGAGUCAUGACAUAAAAGAAUCUGCACAGACAAUAAAUGACAAUAAAAACGUACGAGAAAGGGAGACAAAAAGUUGUGUUAAUGAGAAUAUGGAUUGCGGGGCCAAAAAGAUGUGUCAGGAUGCCUCUGUUGGGUCUCUCAUGGGAACCACAGUAGAUCUUGUCCAUCUGUUAACAACCUUGUAUGGCCUUCCAGUCAUCUCUUGUGGAGGUUGCCACGAGCAGCUCCACCCUAGAGCUGGUGAGGAACUUAUUGCAGCGGCCUUGGGUACCACCAGUCACGAUUUGCUGGAGCUAUAUGCUUCGUUGCUGGUGUUGCGUCUGAAUGAGGGGUAUGCUGCCGCUGAGUCCAAUGUAGGUGGUCAUACAUCAGUAGGCAUCCUUGUGAGAAAUAGUGGGGAUCUGACGCAGAAGGCGUUGGCACCGUUACCACUACCUGUGCUUGAAUCAGUGUUGGAGCGAACACAAUUCCCAUCUGAGAUACCAGCGUACCAAAUCGCUUUGGCAGCAUGUAAGGUGUAUCAUCAGCGGCAUUUAUCGAAAUUAACAUCAUUUUCAAGUCUUAAGUCAUUAUCAAGUUUGUGUGUCAUGUCAUCAUCCUUACCAUGCAUCUCCAGCAGUCACUGUAAAGAAGAAGCGGAAGUUUUCUUGCACUGCGUGCGCUUUCUUUGGCUUCCGUUGCACUUCCUGGAGGAGGAGCUUCGGCGUUGCGAGGGUUUGGGACUGGUGGCAGAGGCGCGUCACUGUGCCAUCUACGCGGGACUACUGAUGCGCCUUCGUCAAGCCAUUCAAGCAAAGAGAUGCUUAAAUGAGUUAACAACAACACCAGCGCGGUCUGUUCCUGCUGUUUUCACCGCUGAGCCGUUUCUUACAGAGUUGAACCGUGUGCGCCCUUCAUAUGACUUUCUUACUUCAUCGGAAAAGAAACAACUAAUAGCCGGUGAAAAAAUGGAUCUUGUUCAGUCCUGGCGGAUACAGAAGCGCUGUGAUGCAACUCUGUACUCGCCGGCUGUUUGCCACAUUUGGACGGCUACCAGUUGCAGUUGA